AUGAAAACGGAGUUCGUGGCCGCAAGCGAGAUCGCACGGGAAAAGCUAGGGAUGCGAUGGAUGAUAAUGGAGAUGGAGCUAUCACAAGCGCUGCCCAUGCAGAUGCACUUUAACAACCAGGCGGCUAUAAGCCAGACUGCUGGCGAAGCGUCGUUGAUGAAGGCAAAGCACGUGGAAGUCCGCCACAACUUCUUAUGCGAUUUUGCUUGA